AUGUCGAACAGUGCUCUAGCACCCUUAUCGGACCAUGAAUUGACCAAGCUGGGCAAUUUGGCAAUUGAGGCAAAGACCAUGGCAUACUGCCCAUACUCCAACUUCCGCGUCGGCGCCUCGGUCCUCCUCUCGGACGGGACAUUCCACACGGGCGCCAACGUCGAAGUGGCCGCGACGCCCGUGGGCAUCUGCGCCGAGCGUUGCGCCAUCGCCCCGAUCGUGGCCUCGAUGCCCCGUCCCGCGAUGCCCGUCAUCCGCGCCAUCGGCGUAGCGACGGAUAUUUUCCCGCCGGCCUCGCCCUGCGGCAUGUGUCGACAGUUCAUCAACGAGUUCGCCACCUCGCGGGAUUUGCCCAUCUAUAUGUACGGCAAGGACGGGCUGGAGGGGGAGGUCGUGCGGAGGACGAUUGGCGAGCUGUUGCCCAUGAGCUUCGGGCCGAAUGAUAUGGAGAGGAAUCCGGGGAAGAAGGAAGGGAUCGGGCUAGGGAAGACGGUGGAAGGAUAG